AUGAAUUAAACAGGAGAUUAGCACAUCUUAAAUCAUCAGUUAAACAUCUAAAAUAACAAAUUAUCUCUUUAAGUAGAAGUCUUAACAUAAUAAGUAUAAUUACUUAUAAAAUAAAAUCAAUAAUUAUAAGCAAAGGUAGCAGAUUACUAAAACUUAAAAGCUGAAAAUAUCACCCUAAAAAAGGAUAUCAUGAAUUUAUAAGAAAAAAUUUAAGAAUAAGAAUCUGAGUAAUUACUAGUUCAAGAAACUUUAUUCAACCAACAUCUCGAAGAAAUGUAAAAAAAACAUAAAAAACAAAUAUAAGACUUAAAAACUAUAUAUGAGGAUAAAAUUAUAUCCUUAUAGAGAGAGAGGUCCUAAAUGUAAGAUUAGACUGUAUAAAUGGGAAUAUCAAAUUAGGCAUCAAAAACGCUUGAAUAGUAGGCUGCUAAAAUAAUAUAAAUAAGUCAGAAGUUAGAAAAAACUUUGUCUGAUCUUCCAACUCAAAGUCCUAGUCAUGGACAUAUUGGAAUAUCUAAAGAAAUGUAUGAUUAGAUGCUGGAACAAUUAAAAAGCAAAUCCUCAAAAAAUAUUAUCUUAGAAAAAAUACCCGAUUAACAAAAUUUUUCUUUACGAUACAAAAAGACAUCUAUCACCAAUAUCAAAAAGGAGCCUAAUUUUGGUAUCAAAAGAAAUAUUCAUCACAGUAAACCUUACGAGUCUCCCCAAACCUAAAAUUCUGGAAUUGCUCUAACCAUAAGUACAUUAACCAAAAGAUCUUGA